AGAAGGAGACUGUCGUGGAUGCGCAUGCAAGGGCAAAAGGGUUGGGUAGAAUUGGAAAAUUCCAGAUGUUAGCUCUAUUAUGGGUAUUUUAUUAAAAUGCAAUAGGAAUAUUUAUGCAUGCAUUUUGUGUAAUCAUUGCAAAGCCGUAUGCAUGUUGGAGUACUAGUGUGAGGCAGAUGAUUAGCGUCCACAAAUUUGCGGCAUCACAACGCAGAUGAAUUCAAACACAAUUUCGUUGGCUCUGACUUUGGGGCACAUUUGACAUCUACUAAUCCCUAAUCAUCGACUUUCUUGUGGAGGCCGGCGCCAUGCUGACCAGCAUCACUGAAGGGAUCCUCUGCUGCCUGACUGGGAAAGCUGCCAGUCUGGUCUUGCCCCUGGAAUCCUCCGAGCCCUCAAACGGCUUUGAGUUUGUUGAGGUCAAACCGGGCAGAGUUCUACGGGUGCGACACAUCGUCCCUGAGCGACAGCCCGUGGUCACCGAAGACCAGAUGUCCUCGGGGAAGAAGAAGACCAAAGUGGACUCUAAUGAGGACGAUGGCGGUUCUAAGGACGUGAUGAAAGGCCCCCCAAAGGGUAGCAGCGUGCACUGCAAGAGGAAGAUCACAGUGUAUCGCAACGGGCAGCUGGUGAUCGAGAACCUUGGCGACGUGCUGCACUCAGAGAUCCUGCAGUGUCAGGACGGGGACCUGGAGCCCUGCAGCACCGUGGAGGUGGAGCUGGCUGACUACAAGGAAUUGGCCUCUUCCCCAGAACCCCACCCCAUGCCUCCCCGCGUCCCCCCUCACGCCGGGGACCAGAAGCCGGCUCCGCCCCCCCGGCGCCGGCGCCGCAAGCCCAAGCGCACGGUGCUCAUCGACUCCAAGAGGGCGAUCUCCAGCUGCAAGGGGACACAGUCGGACGUAGCUCUGUUCUUUGUGCACGGCGUCGGCGGCUCCCUGGACAUCUGGGGCAGCCAGUUGGAUUUCUUCUCUCGGCUGGGCUACGAGGUGAUCGCACCGGACCUAGCCGGCCACGGCGCCAGCAAGGCCCCCCCGAUCGCAGCGGCGUACACAUUCUACGCCCUGGCAGAGGACCUGCGCGCCAUCUUCAAGAGAUACGCCCGCAAACGCAACAUCCUCAUCGGUCAUUCAUAUGGAGUGUCGUUUUGCACCUUCCUAGCACAUGAGUAUCCGGACCUGGUCCAUAAGGUAGUGAUGAUCAACGGAGGAGGUCCUACAGCUCUUGAGCCGAGCCUCUGCUCUAUCUUCCAGCUGCCAUCGUGUGUCCUCCACUGCCUGUCUCCCUGUCUGGCCUGGAGCUUCCUCAAAGCUGGCUUCGCCCGCCAAGGGGCCAAAGAGAAGCAGCUGCUGAAGCAGGGCAACGCCUUCAACGUGGCCCCCUUUGUCCUCCGUGCCAUGAUGAGCGGCCAGUACUGGCCCGAGGGCGACGAGGUGUACCACGCUGAGCUCACCGUGCCCAUCCUUCUGGUGCACGGCAUGUGCGACAAAUUCGUGCCCAUGGACGAGGACCAGCGCAUGGCGGAGAUUCUCUUGUUUGCAUUCCUCAAAGUCAUCGAGGAGGGAAGUCACAUGGUAAUGAUGGAGUGCCCUGACACCGUUAACACCCUCCUGCAUGAGUUCUUCCUAUGGGAGCCCGACAUGUCCAAAACAGAGAGCAUCAAAUGUGACACAGAGACAAAGGCUACCACCAACGACAUAGUCCAGACACUGAGAGUAAACAAGACUGUGGACAAAUAACCAGAACAAUGAGUCUUGGUUUAGGGUAGAACCGAUCAGAGGGCCAUCUUUUGAGAGUUGGCACGUGUCCAUAAGGCUGCUUAUUGGCUGAGAUCUGUUACAAAAAUAGAGCCGCGCCUCGGAGAAUGAUGGUGGCUGAUGGUGCUCCAAGAUAAGGCAGAACUAUGAAACGAAAUCUGAGUGGAUGGGGAUAUCCUUACCGUGAGCGAAAUAGUCUGCUUCUAUAUUUGGCAGAUACGUGUGCGUGUGCGCUCAUCACGUGGUGUUUGCAAAAUCACACGAUACCUGGAUGUCCAAAGGACUCAGCCCAUUUGUGAUUUGUGUAUCCAAUGUGUUGGAAAAGUGAAAAGACCAAAGUGAAACAGGCCCAUGCCGAAAUGGUAUGUCGAUUUCAUUGCCUUCAUCUAAUAUUCUCUGUAAAGCACUACAGAUUGCGAACUGCCAUUGUUAAAUGGUUGUUGAUUAAUAACACUUGUGCCCAUCUUACAUGUGCUUUAAAUGGAAAAAUGGCCUAAAUAUAUAUAUAUAUAUAUAACGUUGGAGUUAAUCAACCCAUUAAUUGUUUCUUAUUCGGACACCAUAGGAAAAAUGGUGAUGAAAGGUUAUAUGUGUUAUGAUGUUGUUUAACCAAAUGAUGACUGGAAGGGAGUUAUGGACGUUAGGGUUACGAAUAUUCACAUGAAUCAACAUGAAAGUAAAUCAUUAACCAUUGGUUCUAUACUAGUUAGUAAUUAAGUGUACACUUAUGUCAUACUUGACCAUACUGUACAUCAAACUAAAUUACUAAAACCUAUUCAAGGUACUGCUCAAACUAAUGUAUUGUUAAAACAAACAUGUUUAAAAUGUAAACUGCCUGUUGUGUGCAUCAUAUAUCACAGAUCAUUCGAUCAAGACUGAAGGUGUAUGUGAAGAUAGAAACAUAUGCCAAAUGACCUAAAACGAAUCAGUAUUGCAAUAGUAUGUUGAAAUAUCACCCCAAUCAUCCAGGGACAAAUCAUACAAAUAUACCGUGCUUGGGUUUAUUUUAGAGAAGCUAAUAUAUUCCUGUUUUCUUUUAAAUAACUGCCAAAAUAAUGAAAUGUAACUGUGUUAUCAUCCUAAAUGUGUUUAUCACUGAAUCAACAAAAAGCCUAACCUCUUCCAGUCAACCCUUUGUAAUUAACAAUGUCGAAAUGAAUGAAUAGGAUAGAAUUGUUGUUCGCUAAAAAUACAUUCACUCAUGGAUGUUAAUUUGUCUCACAAUGAGAUGGGAGAGACCGAAAGUAUUAAGCACAUUCUAAUAUGUUCCCUGAUUAUGCUUACCUGGUAACCGCAUGACAAUAUUUGUAUUAUUUUUUGUUGUGGUGCAGCAAUUGUAACCAAAUUGGUGAAUUAUAAGCAUUGUCAUUAAAGUCAAACACUAAUGUCGGUCAGCUGAAGGAGAAAUUCCUUUACCUAGGGGUGAACUUCUGACUUAUCAGGUUGCUACAUAUGCAUAUUUUUGGAGGAGGGAUGCAAAACGACUGGAUUUAUGCAAUCUGAGAAAUAGAUGUUGUGUUUUGUAUGAUGAAGAGGAAUGGACAUUUUAUAAAAAGAGAAGAAGUUGGCCUCUUGCCUCUAACGGCUAUAUGUAUUCAUCAUGGAUUUAAAAACAAACCAAUAAGUGCUGCUGGUACUGUAUGUAUGUCUGACACCUUUUGGUGGAAAUGGUCCAUAAUAUCAUUACAACUGCAGGGUGCACAGAUACGUAUUCUAAUGCUAAUUGAUGUGCAAUAAAACUGUCAGUGCUCCAAUGUGCUAUUAUUUGUGUUUACAAUGUGUUAAUGUGAUUGUUCAACAUAUGCACUGAUUAAAUGCAGAAUGAUGCAUAUGAAAUUAUAUAGCCUAUCAAAACUGUUGAAUUCAGUGUAUGACUGUGCCUUUCUUGGCAUGAAAUAAAAAUUAUGUUUGCAAUCUAAAAGUGUUAUGCUUAUUUUCUGUGCAGUAAUCAUUAAUGUAAAUA